UAUGGUGUGACCUCUAUGAAUAAGUGGAAUGGAAGAGCGAAGCGACAUUGGGAACGAUAGGUAAUGGCUGCAUCAAAAUUAACCUUCAAUUUUCUUCUGCUCAAUUUCCUUGCCAGCCUUCGCAUCCCAGAAAUCUCCCUAUGUGAUCGCUCUAGACAGCCAAAAAGACAUGUUGCUAUGUUCAUAUUUGGAGAUUCAAUCUUUGAUGCAGGAAACAAUAACUAUAUCAAUCUCAGCGUUUCGGAUAGAGCAAAUUAUUGGCCAUAUGGAGAAACCUUCUUCCACUUUCCUACUGGGAGAUUCACCGAUGGCCGUCUCAUUGUUGACUUCAUCGCAACAAAGAUCGGUCAACCGUUCGUCCCCCCAUAUUUACAACCUGGUAUUAAUUUCACUAAUGGAGUAAAUUUCGCAAGUGCUGGAGCUGGUGUCUUUCCUGACACUGAUCCUGGAGUGAUUACUCUUGGCAUGCAACUUAGCAACUUCAAGAACGUGGCCAUUUCGACGGAGGAGCAGAUUGGGGACAAAGAGGCAAAGAAACUGCUGAGCCAAGCAGUCUAUGCGACUUCUGUUGGAGCCAAUGAUUACUCUUAUUUUGUUGAUAAUUACCCUAAUGCUACUCAGCUGGAGCGAGAUGAAUUUGUGAACAAUAUGGUGGGUAACGUGACAGAUUUUGUAAAGGAAUUGUACAAUUUUGGUGCAAGGAAAUUUGCUAUUUUAAACGUAGGGCCAAGAGGUUGCCAACCAGCCGUAAGACAAAGCGAAGAACUCCGUGGUGAUGGAUGUGAAGAAGUAUCAUUACAGAUGAUAAAGAAGCAUAACAGUGCUACAUCUAAAGCCAUCAAGGAAUUGGAAAGUAAACUAUCAGGAUUCAAAUACUCAAUUCUAGACUUCUAUACCAUCCUUUUGGAUAUGAUAAAGCACCCAAAGGAUUACGGCUUCAAGGAAUCAAGUUAUUCUUGUUGUGGCUAUGGAAUGUAUAACGCAGCACAUUGGGGAAUAGAGCAAUAUACACUAUGCAAAAAUCCAAGUGAAUAUCUAUUCUUUGAUGGAUGGCAUCCUACUGAGCAUGGUUAUCGGAUUCUAGCUGAUCUGUUUUGGAAUGACAAAUCAAGUAUCGCAGCCCCAUAUAACUUAAGACAACUAUUUGAUCUCGAAUCUACACCCAUCAUUUUAUCAGAAGAAUAUGAAGUUCCCCAUUAUGAAUAAUUUUCCUUCUGUUACUUUGUACCUUAAAUGUAUGAAGACAUUGGCGAGGUCCUCUUGCUCUUCUCUCGUAGCUACGUCCUUAACUAGGACAACUAUUUGUCAGCAAUGUAUUUGAUCUUAAGUGUUCUAUCCUAUUAUUAGUGGAAAUUGGAAAAUGUCUCAAAAUGAAGCAAAAUCCUUUUA